GGCGCACCAGUCCGCGGAGGGCGCGCCAGGCACGGCAGCCUCCCCGCUCCGCUGCGCCGCGCUCUUGGAUAACUUGCUGCUCGCCGGCUUCAACAUGACUCUGGAAGAGAUCCGCGGUCAGGACACAGUUCCGGAGAGCACGGCCAGGAUGCAGGGCGCGGGCAAAGCGCUGCAGGAGCUGCUGCUGUCGGCGCAGCGCCAGGGCUGUCUCACCGCCGGUGUUUACGAGUCCGCCAAAGUCCUGAACGUGGACCCGGACAACGUGACCUUUUGCGUGCUGGCGGCCGACGAGGAGGACGAGGGCGACAUCGCGCUGCAGAUCCACUUCACGCUGAUCCAGGCGUUCUGCUGCGAGAACGAUAUCGACAUCGUGCGCGUGGGCGACGUGCAGCGCCUCGCGGCGAUCGUGGGCGCGGGCGACGAGGCGGGCGCGCCGGGGGACCUGCACUGCAUCCUCAUCUCGAACCCCAAUGAGGACGCGUGGAAGGACCCGGCCCUGGAGAAGCUCAGCCUGUUCUGUGAAGAGAGCCGCAGCGUCAACGACUGGGUGCCCAGCAUCACCCUCCCCGAGUGACCGCCCGGCGCGGGCCCUUGGUCUGAUCGACGUGGCGACGCCCCCGGGGCGCCGAGCGCGGCUGGCUCUGUGGAUGCGCCCCCCGGAGGGCGCCGGAGUGCGGCGUUGGAGACUGGCCGGCGGCGCCGCGUGGACCGCGAGCAGAGAGGAGGUGCCGGCUCGGGCCGAGGGGGGCCUGGCGGCUGCAGGGACGCGCCGGCCCGGAGGGAGCCGAGGACUGCGCCGAUGGUCGGGGAGCGGCUGCCGGAGGCGGAGACGUUGGCCCUGGGGCCGGGAAGGACAGCCGUGCCGGGCAGGCGGGCGUGACUCAGCAGCCUGCGCUCCCGGCACCCUGGAGGGGCCGGCGGGGCCGAGCCGCUGCUGCACUUGGUCCAGUGGCCGGAGCUCGACGGACGCAGCAGCCUGCACCACGGCCGCCCAGCGAGGAUGCUGCUGCCGAAGCCUUGAGUUGCACAAUAAACUUCAUUGA